GGGAUGGACUCGAUACGAGUGUCGAUGGCGUGAUACAGCCACAAGGCCUGAAGGCAUCGGAGAUAGACCGGCCCGCGCAGAUCCGACGGAUCUUAGAACUUGAUUGUUGUUUGUUUCGAUUUUGGUGUCUUGGGUAUCGGUCAGUCAUAGGGGAGUGCCUUUUUCGCAAUGGGCGACGCAGGGCCAGCGUGGCCAGUGUCGCGGAUCGCCAUCAUAGGAGCAGGCCCAGUGGGAGUCUCGUGCGCCAAAUAUCUGCUUGCUGAAAAGGCGUUUGCGACCAUCGACAUCUACGAACAGCGCGGUCGCGUCGGGGGCAUCUGGAAUCUCUCCCUGCCAGACCGGUCGAAGCGAAUUCCCAUCCCGCAAGUCAAUCCGCGCUAUGGCCAACAAUCACCGCCAGAACAUCGAAAUCAAGGCGGUGGUAAGGGGACAGGCGACGCUCCAGAACCCUCGGACUCUCUGGAAUUUGAAUCGCCGCUCUACGACUAUCUCGAAACAAACAUCCCCAAGCAACUCAUGGCAUUCUCUGACAAGCCCUUUCCGGAAGAAGAGCCUUUGUUCCCCAGCCACGAGGCUGUGCUGAGGUAUCUGGACGACUAUGCGGAUGAGGUUAGAGGGUUGAUUCGAUUUAAUACGGCAGUUCAAGAUGUGCGGCCCAUUGAAGGUCGCGAGAACGGCCGCGAAAAAUGGGAUUUGACAGCGCAGGAUCUUACCACCAGAGAAGUGGUUAGAAAUGUCUACGACGCAGUGGUGGUGGCGAAUGGCCACUAUACCGUGCCUUAUGUGCCGGAUAUCAGAGGCGUUGCGGAUUGGAAUUCGGCGUACCCUGGAACCAUCAUCCACUCAAAGGCCUAUCGAAGACCAGAGAAUUACAGGGACAAGAAGGUCGUUGUGAUUGGGAACUCGGCUUCGGGCUUGGACAUUGCCGCACAGAUUGGAAAGUAUUGCCGAAAGCCGGUUCUGCUUUCGUCGAGAUCAGUGUCGGCUUUCGGGGUAUUGCCAGGUGGAGGAUAUCGGGAAGAUGUUGAUGAAAUUGUCGAGUUUCUGUCACCCGAGCAUGAGAUGUUCAGAGCAGUGAGAUUUAAGAGCGGACGGGUCGAGAAGGACAUCGAUGCCGUUGUAUUUGCGACCGGAUACUUCUACUCAUACCCAUUCCUCUCCAGUGUGUUGCCGCCUUUGGUCACGGACGGCUUCCGCGCAAGAGGCACAUACCAGCACCUAUUCAGCAUCAACCAUCUGACCCUGGCCUUUCCGGUCAUCAAUCUGAAGGUCAUUCCUUUCCCGCUGUCCCAGAAUCAGGCCGCAGUGGUGGCUCGCGUAUGGAGCGGCCGACUUGACUUGCCUUCAACAGCAGAGAUGCGAAACUGGGAGCAAGGGACGGUGGACCGUAAAGGGGAUGGCAAAUACUUCCAUGUCCAGAAGUUUCCGGAAGAUGCAGCGCAGAUCAACCAGCUCUAUGCAUGGGCGCUGCAAGCGAAAAAGAAGGAUGGCCUCGGCAACGAUGGCGCAGGGAAGCUGGGGACGAGAUGGGAUCAGAGACAAGUCUGGAUGAGGUCUAGAUUCCCUGACAUCAAGGCCGCAUACACAGAGAGAGGCGAGGCUCGAACCCGAGUGAAGAUAAUCGAGGAGCUAGGGUUUGAUUUCGCCAAGUGGCGUGAGCAGGCUGAGGGUAAAGACUUGGAGAUGUUUGAACGAGCUGGUUGUUGACGAGGAGGGGGACGGAGACUCGGUGUCUAUGAGAGACUCGGUCGAUUGCUUGCUGAGAGGCGGCACCUUCUACUGCAAGAACAACCCUCCGCUCUUCUCGUACAUCUUCCUCCCACGGUAGAUUUGGAUAGAAUUGAGAUACAGAAUCCCUUCA